CUACGCAUUAUGUGUAGCAAGUGGGCGCAACACAUUUUCUGAAUCCGGCUCCGGCGUGCCGACGACACCGAUGUCCACAGACCGAUCACAGGGCUUUCACCCGAACAGCACUGAACUGUAGCAGCUGAGAGACGGAUGCGGAGCGAAGGUUGCCAAACCCGGAGGAUUUCUCACGGCUCACGGACUAGAAUGAUCUUCUCUAUGUGUCCCCAUGAGCGGAUGACAGCCUCCAAACAAUCCUAUACUGAAAACUUUGAGCUCUCCGUUUGACGCGGGGGUGUUAUUGAGAUUUUUUCCCCCAAACCAGGUCCAAGAGCAGACAUCAUGCAGGUGCAAACUGUGGGCUAACGAAAUGACUUGCUCGGCGCUGACGCGUUUCAUUGUGCCAUGCCAACCCCGCAUUGUCAGAUGCCAUUUUACUCUGCGUCUGGAAUUCCAACAUACUGGGCCUGUUGUGUAAUUAGAAGUUCGUGAGGCAGUCGCAAACAAGCUGGUGCAAUGAGAAGCUACGCGGUCCAAGACAUUGUGCGCAAUUUGUGCUGAAGCUUAUGGGUCCUGCGUACUCAAGCUCCCGGCUUCCACUUGGAGAGGUGUGCUGCGGGGCUACAGCGCACUGGCUGUCGGCUUCACAUCUGGACCGCCUGGGUACUGUCAUCUGCGGCCUGUUCGGACCGUGCACUCCCUGAACUUGUGUGUUAAAGGGGAACUGACUGACUGCCUCGGAUGGUGUCGUGUUAGGGAGAAGGGGUGCAUAUUUGGCUGACGUUAUAGGUGAUCCACUGUAACACCGCGGUCCAAAGCUGGACUGGCUGACUACUCAAGGAAAAACGCUUAUCCAGCUAUGGAUUUUGCGUAGCGAAGUCACGCAUUUUUAAAGGCAACGCUAGGGUGACAUUGCAGUCUUCUCACCACAUCGGUUAUUUCGUCGUCCGACAAAAAAAAAUAAAAGAGUGAAAGUGGAGUAUUGUCCGUCGUACGUAUCAACGCAGUGGGAUUUCUACGUCUGGUCGGCGUUCCCCCCCACCCUUCCCGCGGUGACGGUUAUGGGUCGGAAGCGGUGUGUCGGUGCAGAUUGUUCCAAGAUGGCGGCCGGGUGCUGCGGGGUGAAGAAGCAGAAACUGUCGGGAUCGCCCGGGUCGGGGGGUCCCGGCGGGGUGGGGGCGGGAAGCGGGGUGGCAGGAACCGGACAUUGUGGCUCGGAGUUGGGGAUUGGCUCCUCCGCGACUGUUGCAGCGGCGGCGAACGUGAGCCGAGCCAACGGCCUGGGGGGACCCGGGGGUAACGUUAGCGGCAGCAGUAGUAGUAGUGGUAGCAGCGGCACAAACGCUCUGUCCCCAGCCCCGGCCGGUUACACUACAUCCGGCCUCUCUCCGAAUCUCAGCCCGGGACCUGGUUCGGGAAGUGGAGGCAGAAAAAUGGUCGUCUCAGCGGAGAUGUGCUGCUUCUGUUUUGACGUGCUUUAUUGCCAUCUGUACGGAUACCAACCUCCGAGAACACCCAGGUUUACAAAUGAUCCCUACCCGCUGUUUGUCACAUGGAAAAUAGGCAGAGACAAACGGUUGAGGGGUUGUAUAGGUACAUUUUCUGCCAUGAAUCUGCACUCAGGACUCAGGGAGUACACCCUUACCAGUGCCCUUAAAGACAGCCGCUUCCCCCCUAUGACAAGGGAUGAGCUGCCUCGCCUCUUCUGCUCAGUGUCUCUUCUCACCAACUUUGAAGACGUCGGUGAUUACCUUGACUGGGAGGUGGGUGUUCACGGUAUUAGGAUAGAGUUUUUCAAUGAAAAAGGAUCAAAACGCACCGCCACCUACCUACCAGAGGUUGCAAAGGAGCAAGGUUGGGACCACAUUCAAACCAUAGAUUCCUUACUACGAAAGGGAGGUUACAAAGCUCCCAUCACAAACGACUUCAGGAAGACCAUUAAGUUAACCAGGUACCGUAGCGAGAAGAUGACGAUGGGUUAUGCAGAGUACAUCGCCCACCGCCAGCACCAUCACUACCAGAAUGGCAUUGGGCACCCUCUACCACCCUACAACCAUUAUUCCUGACAGCGAGCCGCAUGACCAAUCAUUGGACCUCUCCGCGGACCUUUUCCCAGGAGAGCCUGCCCCCUCCUGGUCUAGCUAUUUCUACUACUGUACCAUUUUAUGAUGAUAGUUUCCGUUGCCAUGCUGGCCGUCUCCCAGACGUUGACAUGGCAACGGGUGGCAACGAAGCAUCAUUUGAUUAUGGCAAGAAAUCCACACGUUUCUUUUUCUUUUGCCUGUGGUUAAGUUUUUGCAGCAUAUGUAUACCUAUAUCUAUAACCCCCUUCAUAUUUUUGAAACGAAACAAGUAUUAGAUUUUAUUAAUCUUUUCAGCAAACCUAAUCAGGUGUUUGAUUCUGUGGAUGGAAGGAAGUCGCUUACGGUGGUAAUUAGUCUUGCGCUUCUAUUGUUUAGGCUUUGCUACAAUUUUACUAAAAAAAAAAAAAAAAAAACUUUGGGUUUUUUUCCCUCAUUUUCUUAAUCUUACUAUC